AGUUCGGCUCGAUCUUUCUCGGAAGCGAUAAUUUAAGCUUAACCUUGAAUUCUACCACCGUACAUAACAUAAUCAUUUUCUGGCCUGAUAAUUUCUCGAUUACCUAACGACCGCGUCCUCGAAACGAAGUUUCGGCGAGGAGGGUUAGAGAUUUAUCGAGGAAAAAGACGAUAGAAGCGCGCGCAUGAUCGCCGAUCGACCGAAUUACGCGGAAGAAAUUUACACUCGACGUAUUUUCAUUCAUCGAACGUGAUUAUAUAUAUCUCUCUCUCUCUCUCUCUCUCUCGAAUAUAGCGAUUGCGUACGCGAUGCGAUACGUGUGAAAAAAUAGGGGAUAUAUUUCGUAACCAACCGAUCGACCCUCUCGCGACGACUCUUCGUCUCACCCGGCGAGAGAAUGUAGGUGAGAAUGAUGACAAAGAGGACGACGAGGCGAAGCAUGUUCGUGACGCGUGUUUCAAGCGACGAUAUCAAUACGAUUCGUCUCCAUCCAAUCCGCUGUAUCCCCCGCUCAUCGAGCAAAGUUCAGACUGUAGCAAGAACCGAUGCGUGACUGAAACCAUCCCAGCGAUGUAUCUUUAGUCUCGGCGGAUAAGGUGGUUGAGUGAAGAAGACAGACGGCUGGAUCGAUCGAGAAGAUAGAAUCAACAGAGUUGUCUAAAGUUGUUCGUAUUAUCGUAAAUCGAACAUUGAUUUUCGCGCGUUCAUCGAACAAAUAUAUAAAUAUAUAUAUAUAUAUAUCGCAAAGAGGAAGACGCGAUAAAUAAAGGUGAAAGAAAGGGAAGGAAGAGAGGGAAGAGGGGGAGGGAUGGUGAAGGGGAGGAAGGAAAGGAGGUCGGGAAUGAGGGUAGAGAGGAGUGGAAACGGAGUAGUAAGGGAGUAAGGUAAGGGAAGCGAGAGAGAAGGGGGAAGGAGAAGGGGGAAGGGAGAGUUGGCGAGAGAGAAAUUGGUAAAAUGUAAGGAUAUAUAUUUGGAAGAAUAGUUGAUGGAAUUAAUCGGCGAUUGGAUCGAUAUCGAGCGAUUUAUGGAAGAGGGGAGUCGAUGGAAAAACGAACGGUGUGAGAUCCUUGGAAAGGAGAUCGAAGAUAGAUAGAUCGGUGAGAGAGAGAGAGAAUAAUUCGAGAAUAAAUCGAGAAGUGUGUGGAGAUAUCGUUAAUUAUUGGAAGAAAUAUAGGAACGAUGCGUCUGAUUCAACGAUUCUUGUUGCUCUCCCUUCUGUUGCUGGAUAAUCAAGUGAACGUUAUCCUGCCGAAAGUCACCAAUACCAUCCCCGUCGUUCGAUGGAGUUCUUAUUCGCGGUCGACCAGCUCCUCCACCUCCUCGUUCUUGUCCUCGUUGUCGUCGUUCAAGGAAGAGGAUUGCGCCGGUUGCGCCCAAAACAAAGUUGGCCUCAUCACCGUCACGGAUCCGAUUCUAACCGAGCUAAGGGUCGAAUACGUCAAACAACAAAUCCUGAAGAAGCUACGGCUUUCCAAACCGCCCGAGAUAUCGAUGCCGCUCUCGACCUUGCCAAAGCCUCUGAUAAAUGGCCGUGUUCUCGAACUUCGACCCGGAGCGCCGCUCGAACCGGAAAAAUCGGUCGACAGUUUUUACGGGAAAACCGAUCAGAUUGUCGUUUUUCCGAACGAAGGUAUUGCCGAUUCGAAAAAGUGCCGGCAAAGAUCGAACCAUUUGACGGCGUGCUUCACGUUCUAUCUGCCGAACGAAAUGCAAUUUGUGGACGUGACCUCGGCGCAACUUUGGUUUUACAAGGAAUAUGACGAGAAUGACGACCGGAAUCAAACUUUCGUGCUCUCAGAGCUCGAUCAUUGGGAUUUGUACGGGAACUUUGAGAAAAACAUGAUCAUGGCUAUCUUUGAAACCGAUAUCAGAGAGGGAUGGGUGAAGGCCGACGUGAGCUUCACCUUGAAGAAAUGGGUGAAAGAACUUCGGUUAAAUCACGCGAUACAGAUAGCAUGCAGCAGUUGCUCGAUCGACCGAGACACCGCACCCGUAUCCAUUCGGCGAACAUUGAAGCCUUUCCUCGUCAUACACACGUCCCCGUUGCCGCAAAAGAACAGGCCGAAGAGGAACUCGAAUUGCUUGCCGGAGAUGAAGGAGUGUUGCAGGGACGAACUGUACAUUAAUUUCGAAGACAUCGGUUGGAACGAUUGGAUCCUCCAUCCGAACGGAUAUCACGCUUACUUCUGCCGUGGAUCUUGUUCUUCCGCAGCCUCGUUGACCAUCAGUGGAUCUCUCUACAAUAAUGUGAUCAGGAAAUUAUUGAACAAAAAUGGGAAUACGAUACAUCGAAAGAACGAGAUAGUUCCAUGCUGUUCACCCACGCAAUUAUCGCCGAUUCAAUUGCUCUACGUUGACUCGAACAAUACGAUUACCCAGAAAACGUUGCCGAACAUGGUGGUCGAAGCGUGUGGUUGUAUGUGAUUUGACGAGAAAGAUCGAUCAAUUCUUUACAGUAACGAGUAAGAUGCAAUCCUCGCACUAAAUCGUUUUUUUCCAAUUUUUCUUUCGAACUUUGUACGUACGUACCUGCCUACGAGUAGACAUGCGCGUGUAACUUGUGUGUACAAAAUUCUCCAAAUGUUACGUUCGAUAUGAGAAUGAUAGGUUAAGUUUUGAGUGACAAGGAAUCAAGAAAAUAACUAGGAAAACGUUACGUUAUAUUUGAAUGGUUUCGAGAGCAAAAAUCGUCUCCCAGAGAAAGAUCAGAAAUUAUUGUGCGAAAAUAGAGCCGAGAAUGUGCAUAAUAAUAUGCGUAAAUUGCAUUUGAUCUUGGCUUUGAUAUCGAACCAAUCGUCGCGUUAUAUUAUUAUAUAUGUACAUACUUAUAUUAUUUACGCUAUUCUCAUUAUUAUAUAUACAUAUAUAUAUAUAUAUGUAUAUGCAGAAAUUUACCAUUUUUUUCAAUUUUUCGAGAACGAUUUAUUUAUAAAUUGAUAAGUUGAAUACAAAGUUGCGUAAUGUCGAUCAGGAUCACAUGCUUAUAUGCGUACAUAUUGCGUACAUAUUGCGUAAAUAAUCGAAACAGUAUUCAUUUCUUAGCUAUAUUUCCCGUUGUCGUAAAAAUCGUACGUUUAAACUAUUAGUUAUUUCAUAUAUUUAAUCCAAAGACAAUUGUAUAAUUACGCGUGCACGUUAUUUUGAUAAAAUAUAUAUUUAUUAUUGAAUCAAAUCAAGUUAUAUAUUAGAAUAGAUAAACAAUCGCUGAAACCUGCGAUAGAGAACUUGCUUCUAUGAUAAAUUCAGUUCGACUGUUUUUUUUUCUUUUUUUUUUUAACGAAAAAAAGUGAUACAAUCGUUCCCUACUUAUCCUACUUACUCCUACGUUUAUCGAGAGAAUCGAUCGUAAUGGAUGAUUCUUCGUUAUCAUCGUAUUUAUUAUCAUUUAAUUGAAACAAUAGAAAAAAAAAAAACAAAUAAUUAAUCGAUCAAACGAAAUGUUAUUAUGCCGGAUAUAUUUUUAUUCUACGUGUAUACGUAUCGAUUCUAAAAUAUACUUUGUUAUUUUAUUCUUGUUCCGAACGUCGAGCAUCAAUAAUAAUAAUAAUUUGAGAACUUGCAAAUACAACUGUUGCAAUGAACGAAUGAAAUAAAAAUAAGAUAGAGGGGCUAAAAAAUAUUUUAUAAUUACAGAUCAAAUAUGCAAUUUUUGUAUUUCUGUAAUAUACUUUGUUCUCUUUAUACAGAUGAAUAAACAAUUGAUUGGGACGCUAA